GAAGAAGGGCACCGCUUUGAGACUCGGUUCCAGAUCCGUUCUAACCGCACACUGACCUUUCCCUGUGCACGCGGCAUCUCGCUUCUUUUUCUGUCUUCUUCUUUGAUGGAGGCUGCGAGAGGCAUUCGACCACAAACCCUGCCGAGAAUAUCUGUCUGAAAACGGCCAAACUUGGAUUUUAAUCCCUAAAAAUGAGCUUCUGUACCCGGGCUGGCGUGCUCAUUUCCUUGGUCUCCCGGCCCCGGGGGUCCUGCUGAAGAUGCGGCUGGUAGCGCGGGUACCUGUCCUGGUUUCACACCGGCUCGGUUCGUCCCGGUAGAGACUGACUGCCCGGUGCUUCUGUCAGAAUAAGGGGAUCAAGAGUGUUUUUCAUUAUUUUCCUCUAACCGGAUUCUCCACUAGCAACCUGACAGAUGGAUAACUACUCUACUUUACAACUGCAGUGUCUGGAAAUGACCACUAAGCGGAAGCUGAUUGGCCGGCUGGUGCCGUGCCGUUGUUUCCGUGGAGAAGAGGAAGUGAUCUCAGUGUUGGACUACUCCCACUGCAGUCUGCAGCAGGUCCCAAAGGAGAUCUUCAGCUUUGAAAGAACUCUGGAGGAGCUCUACCUGGACGCUAACCAGAUUGAGGAGCUACCCAAGCAACUCUUCAACUGCCAGGCCCUGAAGAAGCUGAGCAUGCCGGAUAACGACCUGUCCAACCUGCCCACCACCAUCGCCAGCUUGGUUAACCUCAAAGAGCUGGACAUCAGUAAAAACGGUAUCCAGGAGUUCCCAGACAAUAUAAAAUGCUGUAAAGGCCUGUCUGUGGUGGAGGCCAGUGUCAACCCAAUCACAAAACUCCCAGAUGGUUUCACGCAGCUCCUGAAUCUGACCCAGCUCUUCUUAAACGAUGCCUUCCUGGAGUAUCUGCCAGCUAACUUUGGCAGACUCUCCAAACUACGGAUCCUGGAGCUGAGGGAGAACCACCUGAAAACCAUGCCAAAGUCCAUCCACAGACUGACACAGUUAGAGAGGUUGGAUCUGGGUAGCAAUGAAUUCUCUGACAUGCCUGAGGUGUUGGAGCAGAUCCACAACUUGAGAGAGCUGUGGCUGGAUAACAACUCUCUCCAGUCUAUACCAGGGUCGAUAGGAAAACUUCGCCAGUUGCGGUACUUGGACUUAGCUAAAAACCGUAUAGAGGCGUUGGACUCUGAUGUUUCAGGCUGCGAGGCCUUAGAAGACCUGCUGCUGUCCUCCAACAUGCUACAGCAUCUCCCUGAGACCAUAGGAAUGUUGAAGAAGCUGACGACUUUGAAGGUAGAUGACAACCAGCUGACCUCACUGCCUAAUUCCAUCGGGAGUGCGAAGCCCAAGCACGGUCUGUCUCUGUUGGAGGAGUUGGAUGUUAGUUGUAAUGAAUUGGAGUCGUUGCCGCCGACCGUCGGCUACCUGCACAGCCUGAGGACAUUUGCUGCUGACGAGAACUUCCUCACAGAGCUGCCCAGGGAGAUCGGUAACUGUAAGAAUGUGACGGUGAUGUCUCUGCGCUCCAACAAACUGGAGUUUCUUCCUGAUGAGAUUGGACAGAUGACCAAACUACGAGUGCUUAACCUCAGUGACAACAGGUUAAAGAAUCUACCGUUUACCUUCACUAAGCUGAAGGACCUGGCAGCUCUCUGGCUCUCUGACAAUCAGUCCAAGGCUCUGAUCCCCCUGCAGACAGAAGCCCACCCUGAAACCAAACAGAAGGUUUUGACCAACUACAUGUUUCCUCAGCAACCGCGACAUGAUGAGGAUUACCAGUCGGAUAGUGACAGCUUUAACCCUACUCUGUGGGAGGAGCAGAGACAGCAGAGGAUGACUGUGGCCUUUGACUUUGAGGACAAGAAAGAAGAGGAAGACAACUCUGGGAAGGUUAAGGUGGAGAUUAACCUAAAGCGCUACCCAACACCCUAUCCUGAGGACCUAAAGAACAUGGUCAAGUCAGUGCAAAGCCUUGUGGGUAAAAGUGUACACGCCGGGCACGGGCACCAACUCCAGCACCAGCACCAGCAUCAACACCAACACCAGCACCAGCUGAGCACAGGCACUGCCACCUCGGCAGGAACCAACAUGGAACACACACACCUCAGCAAAGAACAGUAUGAACCCCCAUGGCCCCUGCCUCCUAAAGAGGUGACAGACAGAGAGAUGCAGGACUUCUCUCAGUCUCAGCUAAUGGAUCAGGGAUCAAUGCAUAACUCUGGCAUCGACAUUCCCAAGAGAAAAGACAAAGAGGACCUGACAGAGAGCUCUGAGGACUCGAUGGGCGGCUCUCCCAACGAUAUCCGUAUCUCCGACAUGAGGCCCACUUUGGUAGAGCCGCCUAUGUACAAACCAAAGGUGGUGCUGCUGGGGAAAGACAAGAAAGAGUCCACAGAUGAGGAGGUGGAUAAGCUCCACUGUCUGAACCACAGCGGCUCCUCGGCCACCUACUCCGACUACUCCCCCUCACAGGGCUCCUCCGGCUCCUCCAACCCGCCUGCCAACGCACAUUCACACAAUAUGUCUCACACACACCAUCAACAACACCAACACCAACAGCACCAACACCAACAACAUCCACACCAACAACAUCCACACCAACAACAUCAACAACACCAACAUCAACAACAUCAACAACAUCAACACCAACACACACCCGCCUUGCCCGCCCCCAACAAGGACCAGGGACCUCAAACACACUGGACCAACAGACUGGCUCAGUCGUUCCCUAAGCCCAUUGACUCAAAGCCCCUGCUGUCUCAGAGGGAAACCCCUCCAUCAGGAACCCUGCAGCAGCGUGGGGAUCGACGCCCACUGAGUGAGCCUUUUGAUUGGGCAGAAGCCCCUCACUAUGACAACACAGGUUUUGAUGCUGAGGAGUCUCCUCUGGAUGGUCCAUCCUCCAACACGAGUCAGGGAAACCCACCGCUGGGCUCCAAACCCCGCAGCCAGUCCACACAUGGACGCCGCCCCCUCCUCAGGCAAGAGCGAAUUGUUGGAGUACCCCUGGAGCUGGACACUCAGACCCUCCCUUACCACAGCAACCAACGCUCCACCCCAGACAAUGACCAACAAGGCUCUGGACCUUCUUCCCAGAAUCCUUGGCAGAACUGGACCAGAACCCCAAGCCCGCUGGAGGACCGGACAGCCUUCCCCUCCAAGCUUGACAUGACGCCCUCCUCUAGCCCCAACCCUGAUCGCAAGGAUAUAGACUCAAGUCUUGAUCAAGGUGCUAGGCCUUUGCCUGGCAGCUGGUCAUACCAUAACAAUCAGAGUGAGCAGAACAGGAAGGAUCAGCUCACUGUAAGCGGGGGCAACAAGGUGACCGUGGUGAUGAGCAAAAGCUCGGACCGCCUGUCCCCCAUGAUGAGGGAGACGAGAUCCAAGUUUAAGAAGUCCCAGAGCAUCGAUGAGAUCGACAUUGGCUCCUACAAGGUCUACAGUAUUCCCAUGGACAGCUACAGUUCUUCCAUCGAGCAGCAGACAAGCUUGGACCGUCCAGAGUUGCCUGGUUCCAUGGAGCAGACCAGCAUGGCACGGUCACAGUCUGCUCCCAUGUUAGACGAUGAGAUGGGCUUCCCAGGACAUGGCAACCAUAACCAGAUGGGACAGAACCAGAAACCUGCAGUUCCACAGAAGGCCUACCACUUCGACCACAACUACAACCCCCAGGUAACCAUGGACCGCAGAGUCCCUCCCCCCUUCCCCAACACACCCGAUUACGUCAACCACUCAACGAAGGCCUUGGAGUACAUCACCCAACCAGGGAAGACAUUACCCAAGGAGCUAGUGAGCCCCAGGUAUCGUGCGUAUCCUCCACUGGAGAUGUUCUCUUUCCCACAAUCGCCCAUCAGUCAGGACGGUCCUCCCAGCCAGCAGCAGCAGGCGCCAAUCCCAGCACAGCGAUCCAGACCAGGGUUUCUGAGGAGAGCGGAUUCAUUAGUGAGCUCUACAGAGCUGGCUACAUUCCGCAGGGUCCAUGAAGCCCAGCAGGAGGCGAUGCAGGAGGCUCAGUACAGACAGCAGGCGGACCCUCCCCUCUACAGUCGGGCCCUCGUCUACUCCAGCCCCAUGGACCACUCUUCCAUCACCAACAUGUCUGAAAACCAGAGCCAGAUGAUGCACAACAAGAGAAACGGUCGCUACGAUGACGACUACCCCACCUACCAGGAACAGAAGAAGCCCAUGAUUGGCUAUCCGACCAAGAGUCUGACUCAGCGCCGCCCCCUGUCUGCUAGGAGCUACAGCACUGAGACCUAUGGAGCAUCUCAGGCCCGUCCAGUGUCAGCUCGUCCCACCAUGGCUGCCCUUUUAGAGAAGAUGCCCCCUGACUACACUCUGGCAACCUGCCCUGAGAAACCAUCCGAUGACACCAUCAAAGUAAGACCAGGGGUACCAAUGAAACCCGAAGACAUCACCUCCAGGAUGCCAGCCGACUGGAGGCAACAGCUACUGAGGCACAUAGAGGCCAAACGACUGGACAGGAGUGGUGUCCUAAAGCACAACACGCUCACGCUGGGCAUGCUCUGUCAGGGCGUGGGUCACAGCCAGGGGCGCAGCAACACUUUGAACUUUAACCUUUACAAUAACACUAAGCAUGAGCCCCCUGCUGGCCGCUGGCUGCCACUACCUCCUCCUCCGUCUGCUAACGCUACCCCCGCUCAGCAGGCUGCCAUGCUGGACAACGACCAGGAGGGGGUGUCAGGGAGCAACCAGUGGGCUCCUUACUCCCUCGGUAGAAGGGACGUCCCACCUGAUAACCUCAUGAAGAAGAGUGCACACCCCCACAACCAGUCCCACCAAUCACACAACACACACAUGAUCGUCACUUCCUCUUCCUCCUCCUCGUCCACUACGCCUCAUCGUGGGCAGCAGGGCUACGACGGGAUGAUGAACAAAGGGGUUCAGUACCAACCAGGGAUGCCUCUGUCUGUGGUUCCUGCCGGGGUACCGGGGCAAUACCAGAGCAACAUGCCUCAAGGCCAUCCUGCUUCUGGACAGGGUUACCCUGGAUCCGGCAUGCCCAUGGCCCUGUCCCCAUCAGGAAACCAGCCCCAGUACAACCCCCACUCCUCUCACUCCCCCCAUCAGCCUGCCCUCCCUGCUACUAACCCCCAGUACCACAACCAGGGCAUGGUCCACAGCAACCAGGUCAUCAUGACGCACACCAACCCGCGGCCUCAGAGUGCCCGCUGCCUGCUGCAAACUAAAGGCCAGAAGAGCACGGAUGGUUAUCAGGAGCAGUUGAGUGUGAGAAUAGAGAAGAACCCUGGUCUUGGUUUCAGUAUCUCUGGUGGCAUCAGUGGCCAGGGGAACCCCUUCAAACCCUCGGACAUGGGUAUCUUUGUUACUAGGGUACAGCAUGACGGGCCCGCCACCUCCGCCCUGCAGCCCGGAGACAAGAUAAUGCAGGCUAACGGACAUAGUUUUUUACACAUGGAGCACGAGACAGCCGUCUCUCUGCUGAAGAGUUUCCAGAGGACGGUGGACUUGGUGGUUCUGAGGGACAGCAGCACGCGCUAGAAAUAGUUUUAUAACAAACAAACAAAACAAAACACAACAACGCUUCUCUACUCUGCUCAUCGCCAUCCCACGCCACCCCACCUGCCCUCCGCUGGAGGCUUGUGGAACUGAAAUAUGAGCCGCCUUUUUUUACCUUUUUAGGGGAACACACAGACGUUUAUUUGCCUAUUGCUGGACCAAAGGCAAAUACUAGUGCCAAAUGUACCAUAGGAAACAUAUCGGCUCUUCUGUCCACCCACGGUCAGGGACCUGAUCGACGAGUGGACGGACCACAGGAGGACUUUGAGUUCUGACAGGGCUGCUGCAGUUUGGAUUUUGUGGUUGGUUUGUUAAUUAGGCAGUCAUCAGAUCAGUCAGUCUGGAUAGUUUGGUUUUGUUACAGUUCUUUGGUAAUUUUGCUUUUAUCCUCUGACUUUUAUUUCAUGGUCCAGGGUAGAUUUUCAAUAUCUUUUUCAUCGGUGUAGCACAUUAUUCACAUACAUGUUCUUCCUUGUUCCUUUUUGCUUCGUCCAGUGCUAUCUUUUUUCUCGUUUUGUUUCUUUUAGCUUUCUGUCUUGUCUCUUUCUUUUCAGCAGUUUCUCUUCUGUCCUGUCGCUCUUAUUGCCUCCAGUGUACAGAAAUCAAAAACUUAAGACGUUCUGCCUUGUGUACAUAUACAAAGCUGCAGCUUUUUAAAGCUGCACUCUCCCUGGGGCCUGGACACACAGUUAAUGAUUCAUAUAAAUAUUGUUGAUAAAACAUAUUCUGAAUUCUCUCUUAUGAACAUACAGGGAUUAUUUCUCAAAAUGAACAAUUUUAUAAAGUAUAUCACAGAUUUUUUUUUUUCCUGUAAAGAAAAAAAACUGUUCAUAGUCCACCACAGCUACUUGUUUUAUUUGUUUUAAAAACUGUUGCUUGCACAUUUGUGCUGAAAAGAGCUAAAGCAAUACUUCUGAGGCUCAGCUCGUUGAGAUUUUCAGCAGAGCCUAACUUUUCCUGCAGUGCCAUCUAUUGAGAAAGUCAUGCUAAUGUUUACACACACUGCCAUGAACAUGAACACACAUAUGAAGUAUGUGCCCCCAUACACAAUUCAUAUGUGACAGUGAGGAUAAUGAAGCCCUUCUAUAUUUUAGCCUGGUUUACAAAUUUAACUGAGUCACACUCACCCACACUGGAACAUUAUUUGUAAUAUCUGUGCCAUAUUUGAGGUCCUGUUUUGAGUAUUCUUGCAUCCCUUUGAGCUGUUUUAGUUGUAUGAUAGUCACAGCAUGCUUUCAUAUCAUAUUGGCCACUGUCAGCAAGUUAUUUUCUGUGUGUGUCUGGAGUUUUCCACUCCACAGAAGACCUUAGGUGAAUCAGACCGCUGAGUUUCAGUGAGACUGAUGUUUCAUAUUUGGUGCCAUAUGGACCCUCUGCCUCUUCUUAGUUUCAUUCACACAGGCACAAAACAUCCAAGCGUUACCUCUUUGUGGCACAGAUCUGAUCUAGAGCAGCGACGUGAAGGGAAACAUUUGUGUCCUGACCUGUAGCCUCACUGUGAAAAGAGGAAGGAGGAAAUCCCUUCAUGAGUUGAUAAAGGUAUAACACAGUGUACAAGUCUCAACAGGUGAAUCUACAAGAGUCAGAUUUGCCUUUUUAGACAAUCAGGAAAAGAUCUGAUCAGUGCCAGGAAGACUUUUGUCAACACUUGGCGUAUCAUGGGUACAUUUUGAAACCUGAGGAGAUGCUAAUUGACUCUCGGAGAAGACGAUAAUUAAAAUAAACAAACAUUUGGGGUGAAUGUUGAAAAAUAUAAGGUUUAUGAAAAGGGUAUGGUUGUGUAUGGAGUUUCAGGAGAGCAGGGAAACAAAAGAUGUAGAAUGAGAUGUGGAAAUGAGGUAGUUUGACAGGUUUCUGGAGCAAUGUCAUUGAGGUCUUUUAAAAUCUGACCUUCAUGGCCAUACUCCAGAAACUGCAGGGACAUGACAGAAAAUGAAAAGAAAAAAAGGUAAAGAGGUUCAUUUUCUGUCUUUUUGUAAACGCAACACAUGUCUUUAAGACGUUCCAUGACGGGGAAUUUUAUUCUGCACAUCUGAUGUUUCAUGCAGAGCAAAACAACAUCUUGCAGUCUUUCUUUGCUUUUACUUGACAUGACAGUGUCAUCCUGUGCCCAUUUUGUGUCAAACCUCUUAUUAAGCAUCAGAAUUUAGUGAUUUCAGAAUAAAGGACACAAAAUGGCACAGCGGAGUCCUGAGGUUGAGAGAUCUUAACCUCAGGCACCCACCCAAUCCUAUUUAGAGUUUGAAAUAUCAAAGAUAUUGUGAUGAGAACAGAGAAAAAGGUUUGAUAAUAUAACUAUUUUUUACUACAUGUUUCAGGUAAUUCUUUCUAAAUAUAUUGAUAUACCUUAGCUUUGCUCAAAAAUUGUGAUAUUUUAUAAUAAUGACACUUAACAAAGUUAUGGAUGGAAGUACGCACAGUAUGACUUGGAGACCUACACAUGUACUAUCCAAAACUGUAUAAAAUGUAUUUCUACUGUAAUUGUGAAUUUGUGUUAUACAAAUAUAUAUUAUAUAUAUGUAUAUGACUAUAAAAACAGUCAUUUUCUAUGUGUUUAAACUACAUAAGAGCUGAACAAAUGCUGAGGGCGGUGUCACUGUACAUAGCUGUGAAUGAAAUUUAAAAUGACUCAUAUUGAUUGUGAAUGUACUCAUGCUUUUCUGCAGUACCUACACCUACCCAACUUGAAUGCUGCUUCUUCUGUUGUGUGACAAAAAGUACUUUGACCUCCGAAGAGAGAACCGCUGUUGAGUUUUAAGUUGGAAAAAUUUUAGUGACAAUUUAACAGAACUAUUUAUUUCUUUAUUUAUUUGCACAUGCAAGUUGAAAUCCUUCCAGUUUUAAGUUUGAGUAUUAAUGCGGAGAAAUGUAAUUGCAGAAGUAUAUAUAAUAUAUAUCAUGUGUUUAGAAUGCAUUUUGCAAACGCUAUCUGUACAUAAUAUUUAAGAUACAGUUUUUACAAAAAAAAUAAUAUAUGUAUAAAAUUGAAAAAAUGCUGUGCAGCGAUUAUACUGGAGCCAUUUUGGGCUUUGGGACGUACCAUUUUUUCAGUAUAUAAGAAGUGUUUUGAAUAAUGUACUAAAGUCUCUAUUGUACAAAUAAUAAAAAUGUCACUAUUGGUAA